UGUUCAACAGUAGGCAAGGCAGAUGGGCAGAGUUGCUGCUCUUUGCCAGCCGUAGACAGUCAACUCAGUCGCCCCGAAUUAUUUUACUCCGGUGUUUGCGUCUGUCGUUGACUCGGCAGGGAUGUCGAAGCGAGUGCGAAGCAAAGAGGUCUGCGCCGACUGCAGUGCUCCGGAGCCUCGCUGGGCUUCUGUCAACAGAGGUGUGUUGAUCUGCGAUGAAUGCUGCAGCAUCCAUCGAGGUCUGGGACGACACAGCUCCCAAGUCAGGCAUCUAACACACUCAGCAUGGCCCCCCUCGCAGUUUCAGAUGGUGCAGACACUUUAUGGCAAUGGAGCCAAUUCCAUAUGGGAGCACAGCCUUUUGGACCCCUCCUCUUCCUCCUCCUCGUCUUCAGUGACUGGGAAACGCAAAGCCAACCCGCAGGACCGUGUUCAUCCCAAUAAGACAGAGUUCAUCAAGGCCAAAUACCAGAUGUUGGCGUUCGUCCAUCGCAUGCCUUGCCGGGAAGACGACAGCGUGACCGCCAAAGAUCUCAGCAAGCAACUGCAUUCCAGUGUCCGCACAGGGAACCUGGAGACCUGCCUGAGGCUUUUAUCUUUGGGAGCGCAGGCCAACUUCUUCCAUCCUGAGAAAGGAAACACGCCAUUGCACAUAGCGGCUAAAGCGGGACAACUGUUCCAAGCCGAGCUGUUGGCUGUUUAUGGAGCUGAUCCAGGAGCCCUGGACUCCAGUGGGAAGACGCCUAUUGAUUAUGCAAGGCAAGCUGGGCAUCAGGAACUGGCUGAGCGCCUCGUGGAGAUCCAAUACGAGCUCACUGACCGCCUAACUUUUUACCUUUGUGGACGAAAACCAGACCACAGGUUUGGGCAACACUUCAUCAUUCCUCAAAUGGCAGACAGCAGUCUCGACUUGUCAGAAUUUGCAAAAGCUGCUAAGAAGAAGCUCCAGUCUCUAAAUAAUCAUCAGUUUGAAGAACUUGCCAUGGAUGUUUACGACGAAGUCGACAGGCGGGAAACUGACGCAGUGUGUUUGGCCACCCAGAACCACAGCACACUUGUAACAGACACCACGGUUGUUCCUUUCCUGCCAGUCAACCCCGAGUACUCCUCGACCAGAAACCAAGGUCGUCAGAAGUUGGCGAGGUUUAGCGCUCAUGAGUUUGCCACCUUGGUCAUUGAUAUUCUAACAGAUGCCAAACGUCGGCAAUGGGGGAAUGCCUGCGAAAGUCCUAAAGAGAGCGUGGAGCUGAUCCUGCAGGGAACCAGCAGUCGGCACAACAGUGACAGCCAGGACAAUGACCAGCCCGACUACGACAGUGUGGCCUCGGAUGAAGACCCAGCCCAAGAGGCCACCUGUGGGAACAACUGCACAGAUGGAAGAACCAAGAGCUCGGAGUCGUCCGACAUGUCCGAUGGCCCGAUCACAGUGCAGGAAUUCAUGGAAGUGAAGAGCGCCCUCACAGCGUCGGAAGCCAAAAUCCAGCAGCUGCUGAAAGUCAACUGUCACCUGAGUGAGGAGCUGCGAGUGAUGCAGGGCAAGCUGACCUCCUUGCAAACUGAAAAUACAUCCCUGCGAUGGCAGGCCCCCAGCGGACAACAACACGCCCAGGGGCCCGUCCCUCGACGCCAGACCCGCGGUGGUCGCGCCAUGUCUAUGUAUGAGACCGGCUCCGCCCCCAGGCAGUAUCCACACCGCGAUGAAAACACCCGGCGCGAGGACGGAGUCGUCUUACAGCCCUUCCCGGCCAACAUUGGGAGGGGUCCUUUGGGAACGGCCGCUUCCUCCCUCCCAUCCUUCCCCUCUUCCCUGUCCUGGUCGUGGGAUGAGAGAUCUCGAAGGGGUUGCAGUUUGGAGGGACAGAGCGCCAUGUUCAACUGCGACGUUGCACCCAACCACUCCGAAGCAGUGGACACUGGCCUCUUCUUGACCUCUGAGGCAGCGGAGGGUGAGUUGGAGGGUGAGGAAGAUCCUACCCUGCCGUGCACAGAGGAUGUCAUCUGCAAGACGGAACAGAUCACCAAGAACAUUCAGGAGCUUCUGAGGGCCGCCCAGGAGACCAAACAUGAAAGCUUUCUGCCAUGUGCAGAGAAGAUUUGCGUGGCUGUGAAGGAGAUGGCUGCUCUGUUUCCCAAGAGACCGUCCUCUGAGACAGUGCGUGGCUCCCUCUUCCUGCUCACCUCCAGCGCCGGCCGGCUGCAUGGCGAGUGUCAUGGCCCAUGCCCCGCCGACAUCCAGCUGGUCACACAGCAGGUCAUCCAGUGCGCCUACGACAUCGCCAAAGCUGCCAAGCAACUCGUCACCGUGACCACCAAAGAAAACAACAACUAGCAGCUAGAACGCGCCCUCACCCGCAAAAACUAAUAUCACACGAGGUAAACCUCUACUUCAAUCAUUACACGUCCUCGACACAUAACAUUCCUUUAGCUUGCAGCAUUUAACAAGCGGACGCUUUAUUUAUUAUUUACUUCAUGACUGAUGUCAUUUUACCUCACAAAGAGAUUAAAUCCACAUAUUUUUAAAAGUGCGAUGUCGUAUCUUGUAUAUAGCAAUUAAAACAGCAAGUAAUUUGAGCUGUUAACAAACAUUGUACCCUUCCCCGUUUAGUGCUUCUCAAUAGGUGCAACAUCAGUAUUUCUUCUUCUAAUGUCUGUAUAGUAUGGAAACACCUGCAAAAAGGGUGCUACAUUGCAGGUUGUGGAGGUGUUACCCGGGUAGGGUACAAAACGAAGAGGCUAUGUCACCAUUGCAACAGUCAGAUAUCCCAUUUUUUAUUUUUGUUAUUUUAAUGGAUUGCCAGUUGUCCCUCCACGCUCAGUCCAAGAUGUGCUUCUGGGUAAUGCACCAGUGAUAUUAGUACAGCCAUACAUGUGUGAAUAUGUGUGUAUUACCUAUGUGUGAGUGUGUGCAGACGUCCUCAGUGGCUCAUGUGAAAUCCAUUUAAAGAACAUUAUGCAAGUGUACAUGAAAAAAAAGUGUAUAUCAAUGUAAUUCUGUAAUUCCAAAUAAUCCAAAUGCUAUUCUAUUUAUGUACAUGGUCUCAUACCUCCUGGAGGGGGGUAAAAAAAAAACACGCAGCCGGUGUUUGUUUUUGUAAGCUUUUGUUUGUGAUGCUCCUCACCAAUUGAGGUCAGUGGCGACAUUUUUUUUAUUUUGUUUGUUUAGCAUCAAAGUCAAAAUGUGCCCCUCAAUCACCCUGGAUCUCAUUUUCCAGCCUGAUCCGUUUCACCGAUGGUGGUGGAAAAAGUAACAGAAUACCUCGGGCCACAUGGAGCCCAGUGAAGUCGGUGCAAGUUAAGGUUACAUUUUAGCCAAUAAAGCAAAUGCUUUCAAGCUUUACAACUUAACAACUAGAAACAUAUUUGCUGUUACAACAGAUGCCAACUACUUUUUAGCAUGCGUUCUGCUUUCUUCUUCUUUUUUUUUAUGUGUGCUGAAACUUGGAGUAUUUAUUCCAAGGCGGGAGUAAUGUGACAUGGUAUGUACAAUGCAGAGUAUACUGAACAAUCAAUGAAUAAAAUGUAUUUAGUA